AUGAUUGACAUUGAGGCAGUCAUUGAUGGAAUAAGAGUUUUUAUGACGUUUGUUUAUGGUGACCCUGUUUUGGAACGAAGAGAUCAAGUUUGGGAACGUCUUACGCGUUUCUCAACAACUAGAACUGGACCUUGGUUCAUGAUUGGAGAUUUCAAUGAAAUUACGGGGCACAAUGAGAAGGAAGGCGGGCGACAGCGUUCAGAUAGUUCGUUCCUAUCCUUCAAGCAAAUGCUUACAGACUGCGGGAUGUUAGAGUUUUCUUUUACGGGGGACAUGCUUUCAUGGGUAGGGAAGAGAGCUGGACGUGUAACUGUUCGGUGUCGUCUAGACAGAGCAGUAGGCAAUGCUGAUUGGCAUGAGAAGUUCCCACACUCAAAUGUCAAGUACUUGAGAUUAUGGGGCUCAGAUCAUCGUCCGAUUCUUGCAGACAUACUGACAAAGCCAACGAGAAGAUCAAAGAAAUUCAAAUUUGAUAGGAGAUGGCUAGACAAUGAGGAACUGAGGCAAGUCAUUCUUGAGGGAUGGAAAUCUCCUGAUUUACCACCCAAUGCUACUAUAAUGGAACAUAUCUCGAGUUGUCGAAAAGCUUUGAGUGAGUGGAGGAAACAACACAACAUCAAUUCGGCAAAGCUAGUGGAGGAGUUAAAGGAGAAAGUUGAGGGUUUAUAUGCAGAUGACAAUGCGACGACGGAGGAAAUUGCAGCAGCGUUGAAGGAACUAUCUGAUGCUCUUAAGGCAGAAGAAAUGUUCUGGAAACAAAAGAGUAGAGUGUUCUGGCUGAGAGAGGGAGAUCAAAAUACCAAAUUUUUCCAUGCCUUAACGAAGCAAAGGAGAGCAAGGAACAAAAUCACGCAGCUUCUGGAUGUUAAUGGUAAUGUAGUUGAGGAUGAGGAAGGACUGGUAGCCAUUGCUACUAGUUAUUUUCGACAAAUCUUUGAGUCAUCUACACCAGAGGAUAUUGAAGAGGCGUUAUCUGAGGUUCCUACGACGAUCACAGGAACAAUGAAUGACAGUCUCACUGCUCCUGUUUCAGAAUGGGAGGUUAAAUUAGCUCUCUUUGCUAUGCAUCCAGAUAAGGCACCGGGACCAGAUGGGAUGACUGCGCUUUUUUACCAACAGUUUUGGGAUAUAGUCAAACAGGAUUUAACUCUUAUGCUACAAGAUCGUCUCGAAGGUCUUAUGCCAGAGACUAAAGAAAUUUUGCCAGGUUUGAUAUCAGAAACCCAGUCAGCCUUUGUUGCUGGAAGACAGAUAUCAGAUAAUAUCAUGAUUGCUCAAGAGAUGUUCCAUGCUCUACGAACAAAACCGAGUGGACGUAAUAAGAGGAUGGCCAUCAAGACAGAUAUGAGUAAGGCAUAUGAUAGGAUGGAAUGGUCGUUUAUCGAAUCUGUGAUGCGUAAGAUGGGAUUCUCUGAGACAUGGAUCACCUGGAUUAUGAGGUGCAUUACGUCGGUCAAAUACAAAGUUCUCAUGAAUGGGCAGCCAAGAGGAAAUAUUAUUCCAGCGCUCGUUAGCCUUCUCAAUCAUGCAGAGAACCAAGGGAAGAUAACGGGGAUGCGUAUCACACGCGCAUGUCCUUCGAGGAUUAAUGCAGCCACCCGGCAAGAGGUUAAAGAUACACUUGGAAUUCACAAUGAUGGAGGGAUGGGAAAGUAUUUGGGGAUCCCAGAGGAUAUUAGUGGCUCUAAAUGUAAACUUUUUGCAUUUCUAAAGGAAAAUCUGAUGCACAGAGUCAAUGGAUGGACUGGUCGAUGGCUCUCGAAAGGAGGAAAGGAAGUAAUGAUCAAAUCCAUUUUAUUAGCUCUUCCGACAUACGUUAUGUCGACGUUUCUGCUUCCAUUGGAGAUCUGUGAAAAUCUCGCUAGUGCCAUUGCACAAUUUUGGUGGAGCUCGAAUCCUCCGAAGAGAGGAAUACACUGGGCAAAAUGGGCCAAGGUUUGUUUACCCAAAGAGGAGGGCGGUAUUGGCUUCCGGCUAAUUCAUGAGUUCAAUUUAGCACUAUUGGCAAAACAAUUAUGGAGACUGGUCCAAUACCCUGAUUCACUGGUUGCCCGAGUAUUAAGGGGGCGAUAUUAUAGGAUGACCUCGCCAUUGAGGGCGACCUCUACUAGCAGCCCAUCAUAUGUGUGGACAAGCAUCUCCGCAGCGAGGAAGCUUUUACUGCUAGGGAUCAGACAGAAGAUUCACUCUGGUUAUGACGUCAGGGUGUGGGAGGAUCCGUGGAUUCCAACGACACCUGCUAGACCGGCUAAACCUAUAGCCCCUGUGAUGAACCUAAACAUGAGAGUCAGUGACAUCAUUAAUCAGGAAUCAAAGGAGUGGGAUGUAGGAUUGCUAGAUGAUUAUGUCCAUCCUGAUGAUAUACCUCUCAUCUGUAGUAUGGCUAUAAGCUCUACUCACCGUCGAGAUACCUUUUGUUGGAACUACACGAGAAAUGGCCAAUACACAGUCAAGUCUGGAUACUGGGUUGCUCAGAACCUAUUGCAGCAAGAAGAGGAAAAGGAAAUAUUAGAGCCAAGUAUCACUAAACUUCAAGCCUUUGCUUGGAAGUUGAAAGCGCCAAGGAAGAUGUGCCAUCUUAUAUGGCAAUUGAUCACAGGUCAGGUAGCAGUAACAAGGAAUCUAGUAAGGCGUAAUAUGAGGUGCGAUAAUUAUUGCCCAAGGUGUGGGGAAAUAGAGGAAUCUGUAACUCAUGCAAUAUUUGAAUGCCCUCCAGCCUUGAAAGUAUGGUCUUUAUCGGUAACUCCUACAAGUCCUGGUAUAUUCCCAGUGGCGAGCGUCUACACAAACAAGGACUAUCUUUUCUGGAGGAAAAAUAAUAUCAUUGUGCCAGACCAAGACAGGGAUCCUUAUCCCUGGAUAAUAUGGUAUAUUUGGAAGGCUCGCAAUGAUAAGCUUUUCAGGGGUAUAGAUAGAGAUCCUUUGGAACUCGUUCGAUACGCAGAGAGUGAAUGCCAAGCCUGGUUCAACGCAAAUGAGAUGAUACCGCAACAAGUCCAGGCUAGCAACAAUGAUCUUCUGAUCGCUUUAGUGGAUGUGGAUGGGUCUGGUUGGAUAGUAGGGAGGACAUACAACUUUUGGGAACACGAAACUUUACUCGAUGUGAAUCAGCGUUGCAUUCGGAGGUAG